AUGGGGUUUCUCAAGUCACCGAAAUUCACGUUCAAGAGGCCCAAGCUGACUCGAGAGUCACUCGGCCUCACCAACUAUGUCAGCUAUGACCGAUACAAUCCUCACUCCACCGGCGCGACGGAUGCCCGAAAAUCAUUGGGCAAUUUGGAUUUUUCACCACUACCACGAGUAACAUGGGCGUCUUUCUGGAUGGGUAUUCUCAUUUCGAUGGGCGGUUUGAUCUUCGGAUACGAUACUGGUCAAAUUUCGGGUUUCCUGGCCAUGCCAGAUUUCUUGGAGAGAUUUGGUCAGCAUCACAGUGAUGGUACAGCAUAUUUUAGCAAUGUCCGAUCGGGUCUUAUUGUGGCGAUGCUUUCAAUUGGUACCUUGAUCGGUGCUCUGAUUGCCGCUCCCAUUGCCGAUUAUAUCGGCCGACGACUGAGCGUCACCUUUUGGUGCUGCGUUUUCUGCGUCGGCAAUAUCGUCAUGAUCGCAUCCGAACAUCACUGGUAUCAAAUUAUGAUGGGUCGAUGGGUCGCUGGUCUUGGUGUCGGUGCUCUGUCAUUGCUGGUGCCCAUGUACCAGGCCGAAACAGCUCCUCGUCACAUUCGUGGAGCGUUGAUCAGCACAUACCAGCUCUUUAUCACUUUGGGUAUCUUCUUGGCGGCUUGCAUCAACUAUGGGACUUAUGAGCACCAACGUCACAAAUCCGCUUCAUGGCGAAUCCCUAUGGGUAUUGGCUUCAUCUGGGCCUUCAUUCUCGGUGCUGGGAUCUUGUUCUUCCCUGAUACUCCCCGUUUUCUCUACCGCAGAGGAAAGAAAGAGGAGGCCAAACAAAUUAUGUACAAGGUCUAUGGUGCUCCUCCAAACCAUUACAGUGUCUAUGUCGAAUUGGAAGAGAUUGAAGCCAAACUCCGAGCCGAAGCAGUCCAAGAGGGGCUCAUCAGAGAAUGGAUCCAUAUGUUUUCUGCUCCCAAGAUGGCCUACCGCAUCCUCCUUGGAAUGUUACUACAAAUGUUCCAACAGUUGACCGGCGCCAACUACUUCUUCUACUACGGCACUGUCAUCUUCCAGGCCACCGGGAUCAACAACUCGUUUGUCACCCAAAUGAUUCUGAAUGGCAUCAACUUUGGCACCACCUUCUACGGUCUCUACAUUGUCGAACAUUACGGUCGUCGCAGAUCCCUCAUGGUCGGCUCGUUCUGGAUGUUCUUGAUGUUCAUGAUCUUCGCCAGUGUCGGCCAUUUCUCUCUGGACCGUGAUAAUCCACCAAACACCGAAUCCAGUGGCACCGCGAUGAUUGUCUUGGCCUCAUUUUUCAUCUUCGGGUUCGCCACCACUUGGGGCCCCAUGAUUUGGACUAUAUGCGGUGAACUUUAUCCUUCCCGCUACCGCGCCAAAGGUAUGGCUUUGUCUACCGCCUCCAACUGGCUCUGGAACUUCCUGCUCGCCUUCUUUACUCCGUUCAUCACUGGCGACAUCGAUUUCCUCUACGGCUACGUCUUUGCUGGCUGUAACUUGGUCGGUUUUCUCCUGAUCUACUUCUUCGUCAUUGAAGGUCAAGGCCGAACCCUCGAGGAGCUGGAUACCAUGUAUAUCCUUGGUAUCAAGCCAUGGGAGAGUCGUAAGUGGGUAGCUCCACCCCCCGAGGAGAUUACCAAGAUCAGAAGAGAAGCCGGCACCGAAGAUAACGUUGCAGAAGCUGGAGAAAGCCAACCCCCUGUUGCCAAUGGAGCCAAUGAUGAUGCGAAUGCAGAGAAGGACUUGGAGCACCACGAAUAG